CUGUGAUCAACGGUUGGGAGGAGAGAUUCCAAAAAAGGAGUAAGUUUCUUCUUAUUUUGCCAAGAAAUUGGCAGAGAAAAGUUAUAGAAUCGUGAGAGGUGGUGACAAUCGAGUGGAACGGAGAUUACCCUGUAUGAACGCGUUGUAGUUUAACAACGCCGAUACCGAACUACUACUUCUGUCUGCCGAAAGAUUUAAUUUGAUGCAUCAGUAAUUGAAAAUGUCUGUUCCAAAUGGACCCACACGUACACAGACCAUAUUGGAUAAUAUGGUGGGUGUCGGUGACUGUGUACUAUUAGAUCCAGUAACAGAGGAUGCAUUUGUUGAUAAUCUGUUACUCAGAUUUCGUGCCAAAGAUGUUUAUACAUACAUUGGUAAUGUUGUAGUAUCAGUUAACCCCUAUCAAAGUUUGCCGCUGUAUGGAGACAAGAAGAUAGAUGAAUACCGUGGUAGAAACCUUUAUGAAUUACCACCACAUAUUUAUGCAAUUUCAGAUGAUGCAUAUCGGUCUAUGCGAGACAAGAAUAGAGAUCAGUGUAUUAUCAUUACAGGUGAAAGUGGUGCUGGUAAAACAGAGGCUAGCAAGAUAGUUAUGCAAUAUGUAGCUGCAGUAUCAGGUAAAGGAAAAGACAUUGAUGAAGUGAAAGAACAACUUUUACAGUCAAACCCAGUGUUAGAAGCUUUUGGAAAUGCCAAGACACUUAGAAAUGACAAUUCUUCCAGAUUUGGAAAAUACAUGGAUAUGGAAUUUGAUUUCAAGGGAGAUCCAGUUGGUGGUGUCAUCACAAACUAUUUACUAGAAAAGUCGCGUGUGAUAGAUCAGAGUCCUAAAGAACGAAAUUUUCAUAUGUUUUAUCAACUACUUUCUGGGGCUCCCAGUCUUCUACUUGAGGAGCUUAUGUUAGAUAGAGAUGCCGAAAAAUACAACUUUUUAAACCAAAGCGGAUGCAUAAAUGUGGACACUAUUGAUGAUAAGAAAGACUUCGCAGUAACUCAGAAAGCCAUGCAAGUGUUAGGAUUUUCAGAUGAAGAAAUUCUAGGCAUCUAUAAACUCUUAGCGGCCAUUUUGAAACUUGGUAAUAUCCAGUUUGAGUGUUACACGGAAAAGAGUGGCAUGGAAGCUGUGAAAAUAUUGCAAGAAAAAGAGAUGAUUGAGAUAUGUGACUUGUUAGACUGUGAACCAAAUGAUAUAUUACAAUCAUUGACCAAGCGUAGUAUGAUGGGUGGUAAAGGUGAUAAAGUUGUGACAUCAUUGGACCCUUCACAUGCUGUCUAUGGUAGAAAUGCUGUCUGUAAAGCCAUAUAUGCAAGAUUAUUUGAGUGGAUCAUCAAGACAAUCAAUGAAAGCAUCAGGGUAUCCAAGACUAAGAGGAAAGUGAUGGGAGUACUUGAUAUCUAUGGAUUUGAAAUAUUCCAGAACAACAGUUUUGAACAGUUUAUUAUCAACUACUGUAAUGAGAAGCUGCAGCAGAUUUUUAUUGAGUUGACAUUGAAAGAAGAACAGGAUGAGUAUGUACAGGAGGGAAUUGAGUGGACACACAUUGAAUAUUUCAAUAAUGCUGUUAUUUGUGACCUUAUUGAAAAGAAUAACAAAGGUAUCCUGGCGAUGCUGGAUGAUGAGUGUUUGAGACCUGGUACUGUUACUGACAUAACAUUCCUGAAUAAAUUAAACUCUUCACCGUUCAUAGCCAAUCAAAAGUUCUAUGAAAGCCGUACCAAAAUGAAAUCUGACAAAUCUAUUCUACAUCACUGUUUUAGAGUGAAGCACUAUGCAGGAGAUGUAACUUACAAUGUGAAUGGAUUUAUUGACAAGAAUAAUGACUUGUUGUUCCGAGAUUUAUCACAAGCAAUGUAUAAAUGUGAUCAUCUUUUACUCAAGUUAUUAUUCCCAGAGGGCAAUCCAGAACAGUAUAGUAAGAAAAGACCACCAACAGCUGGCUAUCAGUUCAAGAACUCUAUUGCUGAACUCAUGAAGAAUUUACUCGCUAAGAAUCCAAACUACAUUAGGUGCAUCAAGCCAAAUGACUUCAAAAAACCAGACACUUAUGAUGAGACUAUUAUCAGACAUCAAGUUCGUUAUUUGGGUUUAAUGGAGAAUGUGAGAGUGCGUAGAGCUGGUUAUGCAUUUAGACAACCAUAUGAAUUAUGUCUACAACGUUACAAGAUGUUGUGUCCUAGGACCUGGCCAAACUGGAAUGGAACGCUGAAAAACGGUGUCACAGAAAUAUUGAUACAUAAUCGCAUCCCAACAGCUGAAUUCUCAUUUGGAAGGACCAAGAUCUUCAUUAGGUCUCCAAGAACACUAUUUGAUUUAGAAGAGUGGAGACGGCGUAAAUUGAAUGACAUCGCUACUAUUAUUCAGAAAACAUUCCGUGGCUGGCGACAGUGGCGUUCAUACCAGGAGCUGCGUAAUGCUACAAUUGUUGUCCAGAAACGAGUGCGGGGUCAUCAGGCCAAGACUCGUUAUCGAAAGAUGCGUAGAGCUGCCAUUAUAAUAGCAGCAUACUGGAGAGGAACGGUGGCAAGAAAAGAAAAAAGACGAUUGAAGUAUGAAGCCAAAUGCAAAUGGGCUAUUGGAGUCAUUGUCAAGUUCUACUUGGGAUGGAAGAUUCGUAAAGAAUACAGAAAGAAGUUCCGUUCUAAUGCUGGACCUAAAAUCUAUGAUUUCCUCAAAAAAAGAAUGAAAAUGAGGUUUCUACUGAAGAUCAGAGACAACUUGCCAAGUAUGUCUCCAUUGGACACUAAAUGGCCUAAGUGCUCCCCUCUUUAUGAAGAAACAUCCAAUGAACUGAAGCAAAUAUUCAUCCGAUGGAGAGCAAUGAAGUAUAGGAAGAAAUUUGAUGAGUCCACUCGCCAUCGGAUUGGUGAAAAAGUCAGUGCAAGUGGUCUGUUCAAAGACAAGAAAGAACUCUAUCCUUCAUCGGUUGCUGUACCAUACCAAGGAGACUAUGUACGAUUACAAAAUAACUCUAAGUUCAAGAGAGCAGCACAAACUAGCAAUGAUCAACAUAUUCAGUUCUCAGACAUUCUUACAAAACUUAAUAGAUCAAAUGGAAAGGGAGUCCCGACAUUAUUUGUAGUUAGUUCUUCAUCUAUUCAGUUAUUGGAUUCCAAGACCCUGGAAAAGAAAUACCGAGUACCACUCACAGAAAUUACCAAUUUAUCAGUUAGUCCCUACAAUGAUGGACUCUUUGCAAUUCAUGUAAAUAAGGGCAACCCUAGCAAUAAAAAAGGAGAUUUCCUGUUUGUGUCUGACAAAGUUAUUGAAAUCAUUACCAAGCUACACCGAGCUGUUCAGCAAGCCACUAAUAAAGCAAUCUCUGUUGUCAUAAAUAACAAAUUCCCUCUUCACUUCAAUGGAAGUCAAAUACAGCUAGCUUACACUUGUAUAGACAAGAGACAAACACGAAAAGAUCCAGUGUGUAAACGGAAAGGAAAACGUUUUGAUGUAGUCGUGUGAGAUACUGAGAAAGUAAAGCAGACAUUUUUAAUACUCUGGGCAAUAAAUCACUAUUACUGUGUGCAUUCAAAAAGAAACAAAUUUAUUUUAUUAAAAACAAAAGUUGAUAGUAGACUUAAAGCUAGUGAUGUUGUUUGCAUGGUUUUAUUUUACUCAUUAAAUUAUAUUGAGAAAAUUAUGCAAAUCACAUCAUAAGGCAGUUUCAGAAAUGUUUAUUAUUUUGUUUUUACAAAAGAAAAAACAAUAGUUUACCUAAUACCUGUCACUGAUGGCGCUAUAUAGUUUGGUUAUCAGAAAGUGAUGAGUGAUCUGCUACAGUCUGGACUGUGUUUCUGUAUACAUUCUUGGCUAUCUAUUUGAAUACUAUGUAAACUACCUAUUUUUGAUGCUAUUACAACAGCAUUGCACAGCUGUAUUCAUAAUUAAUUCGUCCUAUUAUAGUUCUUAAUUUAAGCGUGUUUGCCUUUACCUUACUCUGAUUGGUCAUGUUACAUCGGGUCAGAAACCAAUCACAGAAAUUUGUAAAUACUCUAGGUGAAUCUUUUCCAAUUGGUGCUAGCUAAUUCCUCAAUAUGUAGUUGUCAUGGCAACUCUUGAAUCUGAGCUACUUUAUUGUCUGCAUUUGUGAUUCACAUGACAUAUCACCAUUUUUUUGAAAUUCUAUAUCUAAACGAUUUCAACAUGCAACAUAAUAUACUAGUUUAUUCAACACAUUGACAUGGCAACAUAAUAUACUAGUUUAUUCAACACAUUGACACGGCAACAUAAUAUACCGGUACUAGUUUAUUCAACACAUUGACAUGGCAACAUAAUAUACUAGUUUAUUCAACACAUUGACAUAGCAACAUAAUAUACUAGUUUAUUCAACACAUUGACAUGGCAACAUAAUAUACUAGUUUAUUCAACAUCAAACAAUUGUUUUAUUUACGGAUGCUGGUACUUAAAUGAAAUGUUCCUCAAAUUACUGUCCCGUCUAGAUUGACUAACUCACCCACCCCAGGAAAUAAUGGGGGAUUCCAAAGUCAUAAGUGCUGCAGAGUAUGCACCUGUAUGUAAAUUUAUUAUUGUUUCUAAUUACUUCUCUAAUUGCAUUUACAGUAAUUAUUAAUUAAGCAGCAGAUAUCUGUACAUUUUUGUAAUGUAACCACACUUGAGCUGUGAUUUUCUUGACACCAACUUUACUGUAGUUAUGCUGAUUUACUGUAUUGUGCAUUUAAAUAGAUUUAUCAUUGUUUUGUUAGUAGUAUAUGGUUAUUGCAGUAGAAAUUUGAAUUCUUGGUUUAGCAUUGAAAAUCGCAAUUUACAUUUACAUGUAGUGCUAUGGCUACCAUCUCAUUUAAGUGUACCUGGUCAGCCACGCCCCCUCCAGAUUAUUGUAAUUUUCUAAAUAAAAGUGUGCUUUGUGCCUUUCAAAACUCUGCCCAAUAUACAUAUUAAAUAAAUUAAUAGUUUCUAUAUACCUUGAACAUCUUUAUGAUUGCUCACUACAAGUAUAAUAUAUAUUAAGAUGUACUAUCUUCUUAGUCCCAGUUCAAAAAGAACUACUUCAGUCAAUCUCAUUAAAAUAAAAUACAUGUAUAAAAAUAUUAGUAUUGUUCUUGUUCCUCCAAGUAAUCUCAAUAUAUUUCAAUUAUUAGGACUUUAUCCUGCUCAUAUCUUGUUCUCUAGUUAAACAGAAUACAAUUUCUAAUUUGCUGGGUUUAGUUCAAGAUUUCUGAUAUUUUCUUCUUUUAUGAUUAGCUUUACAUUUUAAGAAAACUGUCAGAUAAUUAUGUUAUAGGUCAUUGUAGGCACAUGUAUUUGUUGUUUUAUUUAAAUUCAGCAACUGUAAACAUUUGGUAUAAGUCUGAAGACUACCUGCAAGGCAUGACUGGUGUAGUCUUGUAUAUCUUGGUUUGUUUUAUAAGUUCUGACUGACUUGAUUACUUUGUAUAUUGUUCAGAAAAAUAAUUAUAACAUAAUUUAAGAUAAAUUUACAACAGUUUUUAUCUUCUAAGUUUCCAAGUCUGCAAAAUCAAUUUACAGUUUAAAAAUAUAAUAUUUGCCAAGUCUUUGUAAUACAUUGUAACCCUAUUACAUAAUGUAUUCAUAUUUUCAUUUUAGUAAAAUGAAAAACAAAUAUAAUCAUGAUAAUCAAUUCAGACCAAAUCAAAAUAGUCAGUUCAACAGAUAUGUGCAUUUUUUUCUUAUUUCGUGUAAUUCAAGUUAUCGCAACACUUGUGUGUUUUGUCUUAUUAAUUGCUGCAGUUUUUAG